AUGGAGCGCGGAACGACAGCGGGAACAGGCGAGGCCAUGGCGGCGGAGCUGCAAGCGCAGGCGGCGGCGGUGGCCAGGCUGCACGAGCGGCUGCAGACGCUGGAAGGGCUGCUGCCCGAGCAGGAUGAAGUUGUGACGCAGACACUUGACACGCUGACGGCAACGGCCAAGAACCUAGCGCACAACCAGCGCGCGUUGGAGACGAAGCUGGACGACCUACUGAAGAACCAGACGAACACCGAUAUGGCGAUCAACGAGCUUUCUGGGCGCCUGGAAAGCCUGAUGGGCCUGUUUGGCAACGGUGGACUGGGGGUCGUGGUCGGUCCGCCGGGCGGAGCACAGUGCGGCGCAGCGCCUCCGGCGUCGCGUGGUCCGGGCCGCCCGAAGAAGAACCAGACGUUUGUCACGACGAACUUGCCCAAUGGUGCCUCAUACUCGCGUAUCCAGCUGCCGCUGAACAACAUUAACAUUCCGAAGAGCCGCAAGCACUUCACGGACCCGAACCAAGAGCCACCGAAGAAAGAGACUACUGGCACGCAGCCCGUGGCCCCUGAUGGGACCUUGCCGCCGCCGCGUAGAAGAGGCAGGCCUCCAAAAAACCGGAAAAAUCUUGCUACAGCUGCGGUGUCCACGGGACCCGUGGCAGCGGCCUCCGGCGGGCAGGUGAGCUCCACGUCUUCCAAAAGGGCCUCCGCUGAGCCUACAGGCGUCAGCGCAGCACAACAGCGCAAGGCAAACUCCGAAGAGGCGCCUGUGCGUGGUAGGCGUGCGGCAGCGCUUUCUGGAUCCGCUGUGUCUACGCGUGGCAGUCGGCGCCGGUCCACUCGGGCUCGACGCCAGAAGAACUUCUACGACGAGGAAUCCGACGAGUCUGAGGAACUAAGCAAUAGCGAAGUGUCCGAAGAGUCAGAUCUUGAUAAGGACGAGGAUGACAAUGGAAAUGAUGCAUCGUACGAGGAGUCGUCGGCCCGAAAACCCGCACAAAGAGUCCCCAAGCUGAAGGAGAAAGAGAAGGUUAAACAUGAGGAUGAAGACGAAGACGACCUAUCUGAAAGUCCCAAUUCUCUGAGUAAGACGAGAAGGCAGUUGGAGCUAGAACGCAGGCGCGACCCGCGAGAAAAAAUGCUGGUCUCGAUGAAAUAUAGCGACCGGGACAAGGCGAAGUCUUUCAUGGAGUCCAACAAGGAUUUACUUAAAGCAAUGAAAGAGGAAGAGAGAAAGAAACGGAUGACAGCUAUAAAUUAUGAGCCCAUAUACAAUAAUUCGCUUCAGCAGACGAUACGCCAGGUACAGAGUAAUGCGGCCGGCAUAAUUCCGCCUCUUUCGUCAUCAACGCUCGUCCCAAUACCGCAGAGCUCAGACAGCAAUCGGACUAUAACUGCAGAUGCAAGUACGCUAUCAAUCCCCAACACCGAGCCGCGGCGUAUGGGGAUCUUGUCGAUGCUUAAUUCACACGAGCCGUCCCCGAGCCAGGCCGCCACCGGCCCUUCCUUGGAGGUCGCAGAAAGCUCGACAACGUCUGUGGCACCACAGCCGCCGAUUGCAGAGAUAACGGCGACCACAACGCCCGUGCGCUCGCCGAGCAGCAGCUCGCAUAAAAGAUCGGUAAACGACACGGACCCUCUAGAAGACACACCGAUAAAGCGGCAGAAGAACUCGCCAAACGCCGCUGCCACGUCAAUAAUACCACAGUCGGCUCCAACCACCGGCUAUACCACUGGCUACACAACGAUGACGACGACCAUGACGCCGUCGUCGGAGCUAACCAAGAACAGUGCCCAGGCGGCUGCGCGCGGCAGGCCUUCCAAUGCAUCCAACGGUUCAGACAAUUCCGCGGCUCUUCUAAUGGCGUCGCCCAUAGAGCUCGUGUGUAAGGACGGUUACUUCUACCGUCGCAACGACUUGACGACCCCCAUCACAACCGGAAACUACCUGGGCAUGAAGUUCAAAAACAAGGAGGAGGAACUGAUAAAGAUGACCAUGCACGAGGAGGACUAUGCAGAGCUCACGAGGCAGGACCGCAUCAACGCGUACUUCAUGAAGCCCGACAUAGACAUCGAGACCGAGUACGCCUGCCAGGUCCUCUCGAACGUCACGCUCACCGAGAAGUACGUCAACAGUCUCGAGUACUUCCUCAUGGAGUUCCGCUGGGAGAACCGCCUGGUCAGCCUCGGCCUCAAGCUGCGCGAGUCCAAGCGCACCUGGCAGCGCCGCAAGGCGCUGUUCGCGCUGUUCGAGUUCUGGCGCGACAAGUCGCGCGAAAAGCGCGGCUUCCGCGACUUCACCAUCCUGCACGCGGUCAAGGAGAUGGAGAACUACCGCGUCUUCAUCAACCGCUCCGUCUCCUGGUUCUACAACCACAUCACCCUGCUCAAGAUGAUCCUCUUCGACCUGUGCGACAACACCGAUACGCAGUGGCGCGAGUGGAUGUUCCCCAAGGGCUCGGCCGUCCCCGUGGAGACCGCCGAUGCCGGUGUCACCAAGCAGAACAUUAACCAAUUCAUCGACAGCAUGCUGACGCUGGACUUCCUGGAAGACGGCACCGAAAACCUCCACACAAAGAGCUCUGCGGCCUGA